UGCAUACUGGCUCCGUUUUUAUUCGCAUUUUAGUUUGUUACUAAUUCAUAGUCCUACGUUUUAACGUAGAUUUAAGGUUACCAAAUGUGCCCGGCGAACACGUUUAGUCCCCGCUGAACGCAAACUCCAUAAACAUGCGUGCGUGUUGUUAACCACGCGUCUUCCGUAUAAUUGUUGCGUCGUUCUGAUGGCGAUACUACGCUGCUAUUCAUAUCGUUUUGUUGGUCCUGUGCGCUGCUGUACCUGCCUCAUCUGUGCCUGCUAGAGAAUCGUACCGAUUUCUGCGAUCAUGAACUUUGUCUGCGCACCGGUUUCUUGAAAGCAAAACCAUAGCCCGUGGCUGUGACAUGACUUCGGUGUUCCUUUCUUCGGUACCUCCUCGAUAAUGUGGUUCGGGUGUUUAUAUUACGGGCACAAACAAGAAAGUGGUGAUGCUCUACAGCUUCCAGCUUUGCUCACAUUGCUGGUGCUGUGGGCUCAUUCGUCAUCAUGCGAGCCAACUGUCUUUCAUGAAAAGGUGACCGGUGUCGUUGGUGCUGGCAAUUAUAGUUAUUACACCCUUUCGAAACCUGGUGCAGUCACCAUAUUGGUUCAUCCAUUGGCUGGGGAUCCUGACCUGUAUGUGGCUGAGCGAAAUGCUCAGCCGACCUUUGACCUGGACAGUCACUGUGCUCAGUCCACAACAUGUGGCCAUGAGCGCAUAGACCUGCCACGUAGCUUCGGACGACCUGUGGGCAUUGGCAUCUACGGUCAUCCAUCACAUGACCUGAGCCUGUAUGAGCUUGAAGUUCGAGUGGACGACUCAACAGAGAACCUGCUCUUCCACGACUACGGUUAUGCUGCAUCGCAGCAGCGAGGCAGCCAUCACCAGGACAGCCCCGCUGUACCAGGCGAAGAGGUCACUGAUGACAUGGGCCCAUCAGAAGAGAUAUCCCUUUUGUGGACUUUCCUGCUUGGUGUGCUGAAGUUGCUUCUAGAGAUUCUGCAAGGCUGAAGGUUUCAUUGGCUGCUGCUGCUGCUGCACCAUAUCACUUUACUGUCUAUAGAAAGAGAAGUGCAACUUUGUGCUUAAAUUAUCACACCUGAUUCUUUCUGCUACAUAACUCUCCAAUGCCACUUUGGCCAGCUGUUCUGAAGAAGCAAGUUCAUUAGCAUCAGUGUGCAAACAGCUGUGUAGUGUUAAGCAGUUUUGAAAAGUUGAAGCACAGAUUUGGCAAGUAAGAGCUUUACAAUAUUGUCAAAUUUUGAGAUGAUGGGGCUCGCAUUCCAAUUAAAGGACAGCUGGUUUGAGAAUUUCAAGAAGUGCCAUUUUUGUCCAGCAUGUAAUCAAAAACUGGUCAAAGUUGCCCGAAAUAUUGCCUGUAUCACUCAAAGGCUUCAUAGCUUCAGCCAUGGCUGUGCCAUUUGCCUAACUCUACACUAGUAAUUUUAGUGUUGCUUGCUUUGCCCUUUGAAACUCUCUCACAUAAUUCAUGUAGUGCCUGUUUGUGGUGACUAAACUACUGCUACUGUUACUUGGUUUAUCUCAUGUUCAUACAAUGUAUUAAAGAAGAAGGAAAAAUGGUUUAUGUGCUUUCUUGAAGCAUAUGAAUUUGACAGAAUUGUAAUCAUGGUGUGCCUCGCCUAAGCAUUAAAGUGAAGCCACACAUGCCUGGCACAUACUUCCUUGUGCAAAGGCACCGCUUGUGGAUGAGAUGCUUCCUUAGCAUGCAUUGUGCCAAGCAAUUAGAUAUGACAUCAUAGAUGCAUCUUUAGUCUGUCUGCUUUUCUUUUAAGACAAUGGCCAGCCAUAGUGUUAUUAUUGGAGUUCACAUGUAAAAUAUCACAUGGGUAGACAAACAUUUGGUGUAGGGUGUGACAAUGGUCCUUGAUACUCCAUUUAAUGAUGUUUGACUAGUUUUACAUUGUGAUAAGCUCCGCAACUGUGACACUGCUCAAAUAGCGUAUUGCAGGACAGUUUAAUGAACAGUCUUUCAGUAUAGAAACAAGUCCAGCCCUGGUUUGCAGUGACUGUAGACCUCCAACCUAGAAGCUAAAUUUGAUCACAUGCCAAGCAGUUUGCCAUCAGCAGGCCAAACACGCCAAACUGUUGUCGGGCCAAGCUGAACCCUGGCACCUAAUUAUCUGCUGAAGAUUGGGUAAGAGGUCAUUUGGGCAGUGCUUCUAGUGGCUCAAAUAAAUACUGUACUAUGGUUGUCAGGAACGAAAGAAUUGGUUGUGAUUGGCCAGAAAGGGCCACCUCUGAGAUUUCUUAAAUGUUUUACAAUGUGGUGCAUCAUGGGGACCAUGGUGCAGCUGGUCGGCGUCAUUGAACUUUGUAUGGUGACAUGCCAUGGUAUGUUUGUACGCACUAUACCUCGCAGAACACUGUUACCUGUAGUAGCUCUGCAGUACUGAUGUUUGCAUCAUGAUUUAUAACAGACACUUUACCAGCAGUGAGUGCACGUUUGCUGUGCAUUUGCAACAUGCUCGAGUCAGAGUUGAUCUUCGUGCUUUUGUAUGAAAGUUCUAUGGGUAGUUCCUUUCUCCCUGCUUCUGUUAUUCAUUGUUUUGCACUUUCCUUGCCCUGUCAUGCAGCUUUAUAUUUUUUUAUACAGUUGUCGCGAAAUAAAAUGAAGAAGAAAA